AUGACCACCACCGCCUCCCCCCCAUCCCCCACCGCGCCCGCCGCCACAUCCGACGACGACGCAACCCUCUCCCUCCUCGCCGCCAGCUACCUCCACAGCCCGCAACACCUCCACACCUACGUCCUCCCGCAGUUCCGCCACCGCCUCACCCUCAUGUCGCAGUUCGCCAUCCCCGCCGGCUCCAAGAUCCUCGAGCUCGGCUGCGGCCAAGGCGAGACCACCCUCGUCCUCGCCCACCUCGUCGGCCCCACCGGCCACGUCACCGGCGUCGACCCCGCCCGCCUCGACUACGGCCACCCCAUCACCGUCUCCGCCGCCCGCGCCCACAUCCUGUCCUCCGCGCUCGGCGGGCGCAUCGCGUUCCACGCCACGGACCCGCACGCGUACCUGGAGGCCCUGCCGGCGGGGCAGGGCUUCGACUUUGUCAUUUUGAGCCACAGCCUGUGGUACUUUUCGUCGAAGACGGCGGUGCUCGAGAGCCUGGUGGCGCUGCGGCCGUAUGCGCCGCGGUUGCUGGUCGCGGAGUAUAGUUUUGAGGGACGCUUGGGGGAGCAGCGGCCGCAUGUGCUGGCCGCGAGGUGUCAGGCGGUGUUUUAUGAUGCGAAGACGGCCGAGCAGCGGGCGGCGACGGAGCCGAAUGUGAGGGCUGCGCCGGCGCCGGCGGAGGUGAAGGAGAUGGCGGGGAGGGCGGGGUGGGGGGUUGUGAGGAGGGAGGGGAUGGUGACGCCCGGGGAGGAUGUCAAGGAUGGGCAGUGGGAGGUGAGUUGGGUGUGUUUUUAUAAGCAGUUUUGGGACGAGGUGGAGGGGGUUUUGGGGGGGAAGGAGGGGGUGAAGAGGGAGGUGGAGAGGUUGAAGAGGGAGACGAGGGGGGAGUUGGAGAGGGUUAAUAGGGAGGCUGGGGUGGCGGGGGAGGAGGAUGUGAGUAGGUGCAGGACGAUGGAUGUGUGGUGGGCGGAGUUUGAGAGGGUGUAG